AUGGAUAAAGUUGAGACUGAACACAGGGAUAAAGUUGAGACUGAACACAGGGAUAAAGACGAGACUGAACACAGGGAUAAAGUUGAGACUGAACACAGGGAUAAAGUUGAGACUGAACACAGGGAUAAAGAUGAGACUGAACACAUGGAUAAAGAUGUGACUGAACACAUGGAUAAAGACGAGACUGAACACAGGGAGAAAGUUGAUACUGAACACAGGGAUAAAGAUGUGACUGAACACAGGGAUAAAGAUGAGACUGAAGAGACUGAACACAGGGAGAAAGAUGACACUGAACACAGGGAUAAAGAUGAGACUGAACACAGGGAUAAAGAUGAGACUGAACACAGGGAUAAAGAUGAGACUGAACACAGGGAGAAAGAUGACACUGAACACAGGGAGAAAGAUGAGACUGAACACAGGGAUAAAGAUGUGACUGAACACAGGGAUAAAGAUGUGACUGAACACAGGGAGAAAGAUGACACUGAACACAGGGAUAAAGAUGUGACUGAACACAGGGAUAAAGAUGAGACUGAACACAGGGAUAAAGAUGUGACUGAACACAUGGAUAAAGACGAGACUGAACACAGGGAUAAAGAUGAGACUGAACACAGGGAUAAAGAUGACACUGAACACAUGGAUAAAGACGACACUGACCACAGGGAUAAAGAUGAGACUGAACACAUGGAUAAAGACGAGACUGAACACAGGGAUAAAGACGAGACUGAAGACAGGGAUAAAGUUGACACUGAACACAGGGAUAAAGACGAGACUGAACACAGGGAUAAAGACGAGACUGACCACAGGAAUAAAGACGAGACUGAACACAGGAAUAAAGAUGUGACUGAAGAGACUGAACACAGGGAGAAAGAUGAGACUGAACACAUGGAGAAAGAUGAGACUGAACACAGGGAUAAAGACGAGACUGAACACAGGGAUAAAGACGAGACUGAACACAGGGAUAAAGACGAGACUGAACACAUGGAGAAAGAUGAGACUGAACACAGGGAUAAAGAUGAGACUGAAGAGACUGAACACAGGGAUAAAGACGAGACUGAACACAGGGAUAAAGACGAGACUGAAGAGACUGAACACAGGGAUAAAGACGAGACUGAACACAGGGAUAAAGACGAGACUGAACACAUGGAGAAAGAUGAGACUGAACACAGGGAUAAAGACGAGACUGAACACAGGGAUAAAGACGAGACUGAACACAGGAAUAAAGACGAGACUGAACACAGGGAUAAAGACGAGACUGAACACAGGGAUAAAGACGAGACUGAACACAGGGAUAAAGAUGAGACUGAACACAGGGAUAAAGAUGAGACUGAAGACAGGGAUAAAGAUGAGACUGAACACAGGGAUAAAGACGACACUGAACACAGGGAUAAAGAUCAGACUGAACACAGGGAUAAAGAUGAGACUGAACACAGGGAUAAAGACGACACUGAACACAGGGAAAAAGACGAGACUGAACACAGGGAUAAAGAUGAGACUGACCACAGGGAUAAAGAUGAGACUGAACACAGGGAUAAAGAUGUGACUGAACACAUGGAUAAAGAUGUGACUGAACACAGAGAUAAAGUUGACACUGAACACAGAGAUAAAGUUGACACUGAACACAGGGAUAAAGACGAGACUGAACACAGGGAUAAAGAUGAGACUGAACACAGGGAUAAAGAUGAGACUGAACACAGGGAUAAAGGUGAGACUGAAUGA